AUGACCGUCAAUCUAAAUGACUACUUUCGAAUGUUCUACGAAGAUCAACUACGAGUAAAGAUUCCACUGCCGGAGGAAGGGCUGGUGACUAGAGCCGCUCGAUUGUUGCAGAAGAGGGAGGAAUUGGAAGAAGUGGAACGAUCGUUGACUGCACAGAAAGAGGAGUUCCAAAUGAGAAUGGAGAGGUUGCGACAGCGCAGGGCGGAGCUAGCAGUCAAAGAGGAGCAGCUGAAGGAGUCCCUGCUCAAAUUUGACAAAUUUGUCAAAGAGAAUGACUCCAAGUGUAAUCGGGCCAAGAAGAAAGCAUGUGCUGAUAAGGAGCUAGUGCGGCAGAAGGAGCAGGAGAUUGAGUGUCUGGAGAAGGAGAUUGCUGUCCUGAUGGCCAGAAAAGAGAUGCUGCAGGAGAGAGUGCAGAGGAAAGCUGUCUACUGGGAGUUCUUAACUAAUGUCAUUAAGAGAUCUAAGAAGUUUGAGGAAAUCAGAGAGCUGCUGGGCCGCUUCGACACCCUGCUAGCCACGCGAGAGCAGCUGCUGGUGAAGGAGAGCGAGGGGCAGGAACAUUUCGAGGCUCAGCGGCUGAGGCUGCGUCGCUUCGUGGAAGAGCAGAGCAAUCUCGUUCUGCAUCGCAACAACCAGCUGUCAGCUCUGCAGACCCAGCUGGACCAGGCUCGAUCGCUGGCCUUCAAGUGGGAGACCACAUGGAACCAUAUCCAGUCGACGGCAGCGAAGGAGACGCUCCUGCUAGGACAGAUAAAGGUGGUGACCCUCAACCUCUUCUACAUGAUGGGUGGGAAAACAGCCCAGGACAAGGGAGUACCUAUUGAUGACACUGUGGAGCAACUCGAAAGAAUCCGGCUCUUCAUUCAGGACAAGGCUGACAUUGUGAGUGAUCUGAGAGCGACCAAUCCUGACCAACAUGCAAACACCAACAUGAAGUAA